UCUUUACCCCCUGCCAUGGGGCUCUGUCACUCUGCCACCCUGCUGCUGUCCCUGCUGGUGCUGCUGGAGGCUCUGGCCCAGGCAGAUGCCCAGAAGAUGACAAGAGCCCAGCGUGGGGUCCACCCAAGAGCCCGCCACUCCGUCUGCUUCCUUCUGUUGUCUGCACCCCCUGUCAGCCACUGUCUUCGGUCCCCACAGAAACAGCAUCAAGUGUACGGAGACAGGCGGCUGGAAGCCGGCAGCACAGAUUGCCUGUCAGGAAAGAUCACAGCCUGGGCCGGACACCUCCACAGGAUGGAUUCGCUGCAGAAUCAGGACCUCCGGAGGCCCAAGAUCCAUGGGGCUGUCCGGAUACCCCCCUACCAGCCACCCACGCUGGCUUCUCUGCAGCGCUUGCUGUGGGUCCGUCGGGCCCCCAUGCUGCACCACAUCAACGAGGUCUGGCCCAACCUCUUCCUGGGAGAUGCGUACGCAGCCCGGGACAAGUGCAAGCUGACCCAGCUGGGCAUCACCCACGUUGUGAACGUCGCUGCAGGCAAGUUUCAGGUGGACACAGGUGUCAAGUUUUACCGAGGAAUGCCCUUGGAGUACUACGGCAUCGAGGCCGAUGACAACCCCUUCUUCGACCUCAGCGUCUACUUUCUGCCUGUCGCUCGAUACAUCCGAACGGCUCUCAGUGUUCCCCAAGGCCGCGUGCUGGUCCACUGCGCCAUGGGGGUAAGCCGCUCCGCCACGCUUGUCCUGGCCUUCCUCAUGAUCUACGAGCACAUGACACUGGUAGAGGCCAUCAAGACAGUGCAAGCCCACCGCGAUAUCUGUCCCAACUCGGGCUUCCUCCGACAACUCCAGGUUCUGGACAACCGACUGGGGCGGGAGACGGGGCGGCUCUGACCUGGCAGGCAGCCAGGAGCCCUGACCCUCCAUCCAGCGUGGCCCAACCGACCAGCCUGGCUCUGGGGACGGCAGCCUCUGCUGUUCUCAGUGACCCCUGAGAUGUAAACAGCAAGUGGGGGCUUAGCUGAGGCAGAGGCAGGGAUGGCUGGGUGGUGACCUCUAGCAGGUGGAUUUCCCUGACCCAAUCCAGAGAUUCUUUAUGUAAAAGAAAGUUCAGUCUGUCUCUAUAAUAAAUGUUCAUCAUAAUAAAGA